AUGGCGGCCAAAACAUUGAAAGAGUCCCAGAACGCGGGCAAUCCCAACCAGACACUCUUCCUCAAGAACCUCCCCGAGAAGAUCAACAAAAAUGAGCUGAAACGCGCCCUGUACAUGCUCUUCUCCACCUAUGGGCCUGUCCUCGAUAUCGUCACGAAUCGAAUUGGAUCGAAAGGGCAGAGCAUGCGAGGGCAGGCCCACGUUGUCUUCCGUGACAUACAGACGAGCACACAAGCGAUGCGAGCUUUACAAGGAUUUGAUUUCUUUGGCAGGGAGAUGGUUAUUGUUUAUGCAAAAGGCCAAUCACACAUAAUCCCGAAACUUCGAGGCACCUUUGAACCUCCGACCGCUGCUGCAAGCGCUGCUUCUGGUGCCACUGCCUUACAGAAUUCCAUAUUCAAUGCGCCGCCGACUGGAAUUCCAGGCAAGCCCGCCGAGACUGGAGUCAACCCAGCUGGAACAACUCCCGACGGUGUCCCGCACGGCACAAAGAGACCAAGAGAAGAGGAAGAGGAGGAGGAGGAAGAAGAAGAAGAGAGCGAAGUGGAAAUGGAGGAAGACGAGGAUGAUGCGCCAAUGGAGGAAGAUGAGGACGAUUAA